AGGUAGACAGGCUACCGCAAUAAUGUUUUGCAAAGUCAGCAAUUUCGAAUUUCUUUCAAAACAACCUGUCUGUGUACAAGAUAAGACAACUUGUAAUUAAGCUGCUUGAUUUUCUGAAAUGCCUGCGAAGAAAAGAAAGUACGAAGCUCGGUUCCCAACCGCUCGCAUAAAAAAGAUAAUGCAGACUGAUGAAGAGAUUGGGAAAGUUGCUACUGCUGUCCCUGUGAUAAUAUCAAGAUCACUUGAAAUCUUCUUACAGUCCCUUGUUGAAACUACAGCACGACACACAAAUGAACGUAAAGCUAAAACUAUGACAACUUCACAUUUAAAACACUGCAUAGAAAACGAGCGAAAGUUUGAUUUUCUGAAAGAUCUUGUUGCCAACAUUGCAGAGAUGGCCAACCAGGAAGAAGAGGAUAGCAAUGAAGCUGGUGAGAAACCAAAAAAACAGCGCAAACCUAGAGUGGCAGCUGGUGAAAGGAAAAAGCGAAAGAAAUCAUCUGAUGAUGAUGAAUCAGUUCGUUCAUCUGACAUGGAUGAAAAGGUUGUAAAUCCAAGUUUGUCUAUUUCAUCGAUGGCCUCAUCAGUACCAUCAGCCUCUCAACAAAGCAGUUACUCGAUUGACGCCAUCAUGGGAAAUCCUCAGAAUUCGAGUUCUCAGUCGAUGCAACAAAAUCAUUCUUCACAAUUCACUACACCACAAGAAAAUACACAACAACAACACAACGCAUCGUAUGUAUCUGAUCCUCAUGAUAUUGAUCUCUCUCAACAGCACCAACAACAGCCACAAUCGUCUUAUCCAAUCAUAUCUAACCAGUUUCCAUCGUUUAAUUCUAUGCAAGGGAUAUCAACCAGUUCCUCUUCAAUACCUGUUGCGCCAAUUAACAUGAAUUUACCGACGUCAUUGCAACAAACUGCUAACGACGAAGAAGAUGACGAUUACGACAUUUAAAAAAAUCGCUCGGGCUCAAAGUUGUAUCAUUUUAUUCGAAUGAACGUUAUAUUUCUUUCCAACGAUUUAGUACUCGGACUUUUAACAGUGUUUUAUGUAACUAUAACAUGAGAGUGAAGUUUUAAUAUGCAUCACAUUUUCUGACGUCGCUAUAUUUGGCAAAGAAAUUUUCAGCUCGA